AUCGCUGUUCCCGCGCUGCCCGGGGCCGACGGCGGCCUCCCGCCCUCGCCUCGUUCCUCCGACGGCCGCGGGGCAGCGCGCCGCCAUGGAGGGCGAGGCGAACGGCACCUUCCUGCCGUCCUGCGGCGGGAGCGAACCGCCCUACGCCCAGGAGCUGCUGGAGAGCCUCGACCUAGCUGGUAGAUUUCUCUUUGCCAUCUUGACUCUGAUGACGCUAAUUGCCAAUCUGGUGUUUAUAGAAGAAGUGGUCUACAUCUACAGGAAAAUCCACUCCUCCAAAAGAUCCAUUUUAAUUUGGAUAAAUGCUGCAGCUCCGGUGAUUGCUACAACCUCAUGCAUUGGCAUGUGGAUUCCUCGCUCAACAAUGUUUACAGAUUUCACAGCAUCAGUAUUUUUUGCCAUAGUUAUCCACAAGUUCCUGAUGAUGAUGAUUAAAGAGUGCGGGGGUCAAAAGCUGUUCCUGAAACGGUUUGAAAAUGGUCACUUCAAGAUCAGCACGGGGCCCUGCUGUUGCUGCUGCCUGUGCCUGCCCGGUGUGCGCAUCACUAGGCGAUCCCUUUUUUGGCUGAAGCUGGGCACCUUCCAGUUUGCUUUAUUUCGACCUGUUUUCAUGUUUCUGUCAACAGUGCUUUGGACCAAUGGCAAUUACAGCCUUUCCAAUUUAUCUCCCAAAGGAGCUGCAAUAUGGAUUAGCUGCUUCAUUGCUAUCCUUACCAUUAUUGCUCUGUGGCCAGUUGGAAUCAUGUUUCAACAAGUUAGGGUUCUCCUUAACUGUAAGAAGAUCAUCCCAAAGUUUGCUCUUUAUCAGUUUAUCCUCAUUCUGAACCACUUGCAGACAGCUAUUAUCAACAUUUUGGCUGUGCAAAGAAUUAUCCCUUGUGCUCCUCCGCUCUCUUCUCCAGCAAGAGGAGCAUAUAUAAGCCACCAGAUCCUCAUCAUGGAAAUGUUUCUAGUAACUUUAAUCUCAAGAGUGGUCUAUCGAAGAAGAUACGAUGAGCUUGACCCUCCAGCAUGUAUCACUGAAGAAGCUGGGGUCAAGAAGCAGACUCCUAUCCUGAAUGUCGCAGUUAGGGAAGAUGGAUUGUGAGGGUUUUAGAAGCUUCCAGUGCUCCUGUUCUGCAGGAGCUGGGAGCUUAGCUUCAGGAGCUUCUUUCACUGUGUACAACCACAGUGCAUGUCAGAACAACUUCUGACAGAAUUGCCCAUGGGCUGUACUGAAAGGACCAACGAGUGGAAAGAUAACCCUAUUUAUUUUCCAGUGAUAUGUGCAUGGUAUGAAAACACUCACACUAUGUACUUUUAUCUUGUUCUUCAGCACUUGAUGGUAGUCAAACCAUCUCAUAAUGUGAUUUUUUUUUUUUUUUUAUUAGCUAUUAGGAUUGCUGUGGUUUAAUCUAAAGCUGUUCCUGUUUCAUCUCUUUUGAUUUCAUUUAGUUCUGUUUCAGGUAGCCUGGAUUGUUGUCGUAUGUCCAAAACAGCAUAUUUCCAUCUUUCCUGCAUUAAAAUUUAUCAGCUCUCACUCAGUGUUACAAGGUCACCAUAGCUAAGUCUGAUCAGUAAAUGUUUGUUUUGAAGUCCUCAGACUGAUAUGGGCUCUCCACCUACAGAAAUGAUGAUGUCUUUAGGACAAGGCUUUUUAUAUUCCCUGGCAGUUCACCUAACCUGGUAAAAACACAGUUGCCAUUUGUCAUUGGCUGACGCUCUUGCUAGAGAAGGGAGGUUCUCUGUCUCUGGUCUGGAAAAAGAAAGUAGGACUCAGCCUGAGAGAUGUUCUGUCACUGCUCUGUGGUAUUACGUAAUACUUCGGUUCUCUGUGUGGAAAAUGGGAAUUAUGAUACUGAAGAUCCUUGCAUUCAAGAUGGCUAUGGGAAUCAGUACUGUUGAAAGGAAUCUCUUUCAAAAACCUAUCUCCCUAGGUUCUCCACCCCCAAAUCUGUCCUGCUCAGUGCUUGUACCCAUUGCUUCAUUUUGCUGAAAAUUUGUUUCAUUUUUUUUCCAAAAGUUUUGUUUUGUUUAUUUCCAAAAGAUCCCAUUUCUCUUCGAUGAGCCUAGUUAUAGUGAGCUGAAUUAAAAUAAUCUGUAAUAUGACAGCACAUUUGGUAAGCCCUUGGAUAUGCUGUGUACUGGGAAAGGAGGUGCAGAACUAUAUGCUAGCGCUUGUCUCUCCUCAUCUAGUCUCAUCCCUAGAAGUAAAUACUUCAUCCAUAUAGCAUGAAUGUUUAUUCCAUAAGGAGCCUGGGAAAACGCUUCAUGUUGGAAAAGAUGUUAAUAAUAUCCUUUACCAGUGUGGUGUCAUAUACAACUUUUCAUCAGAGACAAGUGAGGCAGGCAGUGGGGCUUUAUUUCUCAUUUACAGGGAGCUCCAAAAAUACUUUCAGUUUGGGAACUGGCUGUGGAAAAUGAAAUACUCCGAAAGCUUUAGCUGGCGAAUAAGCUGGGUGAAGAAAAAGAAGUUGAAUUAAACAGGACAUUUUCUUUCUGAUUGAGGUCAAAAAUAGUAUUUUCUUUAACAAUGGAAGAAUUCCAUGAUAUUAGAAAAACUGAAUUAUGAAGCGGUUGAAACAAUUUUUACAUGAUUUUUUUCUAAGCAGGCAAUCCAUGAAAUGAAUGCAGUUCAAGAAUCUGUAUUAAUGUGAGACAAUCUACAUUUUUAUUCUCCUUGAAAAAUAAUUUAGGUGAAAAUUUUCAGUCUACUCUGGAGUGUGUCAGUAGAAUUAACAAAUCAGUUGAUAUCUUAAUGUGAGAAAUCUUAAUGUAAUUUAACAUUAUGGCUACUAGCAUAUUCCUAAUGUUGCUUUAUAUCAGUCUGGGGCACAGAUACAUUUGUAAUGUUUCUCUUACCAACCUGUGGAACAGUACUUCAUAACACUAUUGGGAAUGGUUGGCUGUGAACUGAAGAAGCUUCAAAACUGGAAAAUAAAACAUGUUGACUUGGUGA